AUGGAUCACUUCCAGCCUUUGUCUGUUCGCCUGAUGUACGGCUCUGCCUUAGCAGUGCAAGGGUUUGAUGCUUUCGCCUUCCUGUUCGUCUCGCCGAUUGUUAUACCCAACCGCGACGAGCUGGCUCACCCCUUGACCCGUUUCUGGAUGCGGGUGACGGGCGUUUCCUUCUUCCCAUAUGUGCUGAGCACUUGGCUGCUGCGAGACUACCAUAUCCGUCACUCCAAAGUUGGUCGGAUCAUGGGCUCCUGCUUUGCAUUUUACAAUGCUAGUCUUGCUGCACUAUAUACAUGGAGCGCGCUGCAGGAGAAUGAAUAUACCAUUCAGCCGUUGUGGUAUGCCGCAGGAUGGCGGGUCGUGUGGGCCACUUGGGCUGUCUGGGGGUUGUUAGCAGCUCCAUGA